AUGUCAUCUCUGGUGCUCUCAGCGACUGGCAGGGCAGAGGUGUCAGCAGAACAUGGGAGUAUGUAACACCACUCUGCCGCCCAUUUCGCACUCUCAUUCCUUAAAAAAACUCCCAGGAUAGCUCGAUACUAGAUGAAGGUUUACAUUUUCUACAGCCUGAGACCAUGAAUGUGGUUCUGGAGGAUGGGAAAUGUUGUGCGGGGUGCUGUGGCCUUCGUCCCCUCAGAGCGAUGUCAACGAUUUUUAGUAGGGGACUUGAAAGAGAUGCCCCUUGAUCGUACACUUGACCUGAGCAGCCGUCAGUUACGUCGCCUUCCCAUCAGAGCUUCUGCCUUCAAUGAGCUAGUCAAACUCUACCUGAGUGACAACCACCUUAGCAGUUUACCACCAGAGCUGCGAAACCUGCAAAAGCUACAGCUCCUAGCUCUGGACUUCAACUGUUUUGAGGAGCUGCCUCUGGUUGUCUGCAGCCUCUUACAGCUUAACAUCCUCUAUCUCGGCAAUAACCGACUUUAUGGGCUGCCCAGGGAACUAUGCAAACUUACCGAACUUAAAACGUUGUGGCUAGAGACCAAUAGCUUCACCAAGUUCCCUCGAGUAGUAUGUGAGCUUCCCAAUAUCAAGACCCUCCAUUUGGGCUACAAUCAGCUACGUAGCUUACCCUCAGAACUUAGUCGACUUGAGGAGCUACGUAGCAUCUGGCUAGCGGGGAACAUGCUAAAUGAGUUCCCACCUGUGCUACUGAAGAUGCAUUACUUGGAAGUGAUUGAUGUGGACAGAAAUCGUAUUUGCCAUUUUCCGUCGCUUACCCAUUUAAGAGGGCUGAAGCUUGUAAUCUACGACCACAAUCCUUGUGUUAAUGCACCCCUUGUGGGUGAGGGCGUGCGACGGGUAGGCCGCUGGGCGGAUUGCUCUGAUGAUGAGGAAGAUGAUAAUGAAGGAAAGGUUGCCAAAGUAGGCAUGAAGGUGCAGGGAUCCCUGGAAGAGAAUGAGUGAAGAAAAAGCAAUAUUGCAAAAGACAUUUAAAGGAAUAUUCCGGGUUAAAUACAAGUUAAGCUCAAUCAAAAGCAUUUUUUUUGCAUAAUGUUUCUUUAUUUUUUUUUUGUGUGGUUUUUUUGUCACAAAAUUAAUUUUUACUUCUAAAAAAAAAAAAGAGCAAAAAUCUUGGUUACAGUGAGGCACUUACAAUGGAAGUCAAUGGGGCCAAACGUUAAAAUACACAUUGUUAUAAAAGUAUAGCCACAAGAUGUAAACAACAUGCGUAUUAACAUGAUUUUAGUCUGAAAAAAAAAUCGCUUACUAACCUUUUCUGUGUAAAGUUAUAUCCAAUUUGACAUUUUCUUUGCCAUGACGACUUAACGCCAUAAAGCCUAAAACGACUGUAAAAAUUACUAUUUAAACAACUUUACAGCUCAAAUAAUUCACAAGUUGUAACAGAAGAAUUAUUGUAAGUGAUUUAUAAGCUUCACUUUUUUGCCUUUAAACCCUCCAAAAAUUGGCCCCGUUCACUUCCAUUGUAAGUGCCUCACUAAUAACCUCUAUUUUUUAUUUUUAUUUUUUUUAGUCUAAAUAAUUUUUUGUGGCAUUAACCUUAUGCCACAAAUGCUGUCGAUUGAGCUUAAAUUGUAUUGAACAUAGAUUAUUCCUUUAAAAUGGAAUGCCAUCUCAGUAAGGAAGCCUAGCUUGUUUCCAAAUACAGUGUUUUUUAAUACUGCAAAGAGGUCAUUUAAUUAGAUGUUUGUGAAAAUGACCUUGGAAAUGAAGUGAUAAUUAUUUCUCUAUAAAAGUAGUCUUAUAGUUGAUUUGACAUCAUUAGGACAAUGAGAUGUUUAUACAUAAGACAAUUCAUUUGUGGUUUGUAACACAUAAUUAUAUGUUAAUUAAACACAUAAGUAUAUGUUAAUUAAACAGAGCUAUAACAAAUUUGGAUAACUUGUUACUGUUUAGUUAGGUUGGCCAUGUCAAUGAUAAAUGGUUAAAUUCUAACAAUAUACCCCUAUUCAUAAAUAAUGCAUGUUUCCUGUAACAGAUUUGGGUCUUCAUUUUGAUGUAAGACUCUUAAUAGGUUUUAAUCAUCCUCUAUAGUGCUCCUGCUCUGUAAUAUGUGAAGCAGGACACUGUUCUCUGAAUUAAGGUAUUAUAAUCAGCUAAUCAGCUGUAGAAAUACAACUGAUAUUGUACUGUUCUGAUUUAAAAUAAUAAUAAUAAUAAUAAUAAUAAUAAUAAUAAUAAUCCUUUGUGUAUUAGUACUGGUAUGUUUUUAUUUUAUAUUGGUAAUAAACAAAGCAUUACACUGGGUAUUUUCAAUAAAACAUUAUCACAUAUUAUGAGUGAACAGGUCAACAAGAGAUUGCAAAAUUAUUAUAAGCAAUUAAUUUAUGCAGAUGUUAUUAAUAUAAAUAGAUUAUUCAAUAGUAUAUAAUACUAUCAGCAUUUAGGGAAUAGACCCCAUCAAUGCUAAAGUCCCUAAUGAAAUGGCACAUUUUCUUUUCUACACAUUGCAUAGACACACAGAGGUGCACACAUUACAGAGGUGUACUGAAUUCUGUAUUGCAAAAGUGUCUGCAGUGUUUAAUCUAUUUAGUACGUGUUCCUAAUAUUUAUCCUCAAUAUGCCACAAGUAUGAACCUCUCACUUUAUAAAUGUACAAUCCAGUGAAAUGAAUCCUUCCUGAAAUACAGUGUUGUAAGUUCUGACAUUUCCAGUUUGCAACCAUCUUGAUUUUGCCUUUGUUUACUCCCUCUUACAGAAUGCUAACAAUCUGCAUGCUUACAAGCCUCCCAAUGACUGGAAUUUAGCUGUUAAAGGGAUAGUUCAUCCAAAAAUGAAAAUUCUCUCAUCAUUUACUCACCCUCGUGCCAUCCCAGAUGUGUAUGACUUUCUGUCCAAAAAUCUUCAGAAGCGACAUGAUAGGUGUGGGUGAGAAACAGAUCAGUAUUUAAGUCCUUUUUUUUUUUCUUUUUUCUUUUUUUUUUACUGUAAAUGUCCACUUUUACUUCAACAUUCUUCUUCUUUAGUUUUUGGUGAUUUGCAUGUGUCAUGCAUAUCUCCACCUACUGGGCAGAGAGGAGAAUUUAUAGUAAAAAAAGGACUUAAUAUUGAUCUGUUUCUCACCCACACCUGUCAUAUCACUUCUGAAGAUAUGGAUUAAACCACUGGAGUCUUAUGGAUUACUUUUAUCUUUCCUUUAUGUGCUUUUUUGAGCUUCAAAGGUUUGGUCACCAUUCACUUGCAUUGUGUGAACCAACAGAGCUGAAAUAUUCUUCUAAAAAUCUUAAUUUGUGUUCAGCAGAAGAGAGAAAGUCAUACACAUCUGGGAUGGCAUGAGAGUGAGUAAAUGAUGAGAGAAUUUUCAUUUUUGGGUGAACUAUGAAUCAUGUGUGGAUGUUCAUAAUAUUUUGGUAAUAUGGAUUUAAGAUAGUGAAGUACACAUAAUCUCAGUAAAAAAAAAAUCUCUCUCACUACAAAGAAAUAAUUUGCACUUAAUAGUAAAUAAGUAGUAGUUAUUUAUCUGCACAUUUUUAUUUAUUUGAAGGGCAAAUAAUUUAUUAUUGAUAUUUUAAUUCUAUAUAUAAACGCAUAUAAAUAAUAUUAAUAUAAAAACAAGGAUAGUAAUAAAUAUCAUAUUUUGUUUACCAGAUCUGGGAAUAGUUUUAUCUAUUUCACAAAUUUAAAUGUAUCAAAUGAAUUUUUAAAAUAAACAUUGCGUUUAUUACAAAGCAUGUCUGGUAAACACGACAAAUUCAAAGUCCCAUUUUUGUGCCUUUUGUGGCACAUAAUUUUCCUACAGAAAAAAAAAAGAUGACACAUUUUAUGCUGUUUCUGUAAUUUAAUAAACUUGCAGUUUAUUCUACAACA